ACAACAUUCCUUCCCAUCUGCCAAACUCCAUCCAUCAUGGCUUCCACAGCCAAAUCUUCCACAUAUAAUUGUAGUCAAUGUUAUCACCUUGAUCGCAGCAGUGUGCAUUGUUUAUUGUUUGAAUCGUUUGCCGGCCGGUGUUUAGUAGAAGUGAAAAUGUUGGUGGUUCUCGAUUUUUUGGAAAAAUGAGCGAGCCAGACCUUGAAAAUGACAACAACGAAGUCCGGGAUCGUUCCCGAUCUCGUUCCCGUAGUCCGCAUGCACGUCGUUUGUGGGUUCAAGACUUAUUCCUGAACCGAAACGAAACCGGCAACCGGCUACUGACCGACAUCACGACAUCGGGUAUAUACGAGACGAUGAACCGAUUUUUAAGGAUGAAGAAGGAAGAUUUCUUCCAUUUACUGUCCCUUGUUGGUCCAAAAAUUGCGAAAAUGGACACAGAUUUCCGCAAAGCAAUCAUGGAACAGGAAAGGCUGCUGAUAACAUUGCGGUAUCUUGCGACUGGAGAGACAUUUACCAGCCUCCAAUACGUGUUCCGGGUGUCGAGGCAUUCUAUCAGCAGAAUAGUUAAAGAGACGUGCGCAUGUCUUAUCGAGGCUUUGCGGGAUUAUGUCAAGCUACCCUCUACCGAAGAAGAAUGGCUUGCAAUCUCAAGACGAUUUGAGCAGCGCUGGAGAUUUCCUCACGCAAUAGGUGCAAUCGAUGGGAAGCACGUUGAAAUUAUUUGCCCUCGUAAUAGCGGAUCCGAAUAUCACAACUAUCAAAUUUUUUUUUAG